CAACAAAGGUCUCCCACUGAAUGAUUAAUUAAAGAAAAAAAAAGAAGCAUAAAAAAGAAGGUUUCUUUAUCUGUCUGCUGAUGCUGAAGCAGAGCUGCGAAGUAAUAAAUGCAGUGGCGAAACCAGUUACUGUAUUCAUCUACCCAGUUUUGAAAAUUUCUUGUACUUCACUGAUCCAUUUAAUUUCUCAUGUGGGACUUAAAUUCCGCCGAGCUCGGCAUUAUUGCUGUUGAGUUUUGAGCUCUCAUUCAUUAUGGGCUGUGUCCUGGGGACCAGAGCUUCCGGGGAAUCUCGCCGGAAGGAUAAGCAGCAGCGGCCGUCAAGAAAGGACGGCGAGAGUGCUUCCGCCAGUGGCACAGCCGGACCGGCCGGUGGCCGCCGGAAUCACAAGAAACAGAAACAUCAGCCGCCUCCGCCGCAAGAGCUUUGCAAUCUGAGGAGUUUUGCCACCAGCUCCGCCACCAACGAACAGGGGUGGCCGCUGUGGCUUGUCGACGUGGCCGGCGAUGCGAUUAAAGAUUGGACUCCGCGACGAGCCAAUACGUUCCAGAAGCUCGAUAAGAUAGGGCAAGGGACAUAUAGCAAUGUAUAUAAAGCAAGGGACUUGGUAAGUGGGAAGAUAGUAGCAUUGAAGAAGGUUAGAUUUGACAAUUUAGAGGCAGAGAGUGUGAAGUUCAUGGCAAGAGAGAUAUUAGUUUUGAGGAAGCUUGACCAUCCAAAUGUCAUCAAGCUUCAAGGAUUGGUUACUUCAAGAAUGUCAUCAAGUCUUUACCUUGUUUUUGAGUACAUGGAGCAUGAUUUGGCUGGCCUUGCUGCUACCCAUGGUGUGAAGUUCACUCACCCCCAGGUUAAAUGCUAUAUGAAACAGUUGCUUUCCGGACUUGAGCACUGUCACAACAAUGGUGUCCUGCAUCGUGACAUAAAGGGUUCCAACUUGCUUAUUGAUGAUGAUGGGAUUUUAAAAAUUGCAGAUUUUGGAUUAGCUUCAUUUUAUAAUCCUGAAACCAAACAGCCUAUGACUAGUCGUGUUGUCACCCUUUGGUAUCGUCCCCCUGAGCUUCUACUUGGAGCUACUUACUAUGGUGUUGGUGUUGAUCUUUGGAGUGCUGGCUGCAUUUUGGCUGAGCUACUUUUAGGAAAGCCAAUCAUGCCGGGGCGAACAGAAGUCGAGCAACUCCACAAAAUAUUUAAGUUAUGUGGUUCUCCUUCUGAAGAAUAUUGGAAGAAAUCCAAGUUACCAAAUGCCACAAUUUUUAAACCACAGCAGCCCUAUAAACGGUGUACGAAAGAGAUCUUCAAGGAUUUUCCACCCUCUUCAUUACCUCUGGUAGAAACUCUUCUUGCCAUUGAUCCUAAUGAGCGAGGCACUGCCACUGCAGCUUUACAUAGUGAGUUUUUUACUAGUGAGCCAUAUGCAUGUGAGCCAUCUAGUUUGCCAAAGUAUCCUCCCAGCAAGGAAAUGGAUGUAAAGAUGAGGGAUGAAGCGCUCAGAAGGUUAAGAGGUGGCAAUGGGAAAGCACAUGCAGCUGAUGGAACCAGAAAAGUAAGAGUGCGAAAUAAGGUUAGCCGGGCCAUUCCUGCUCCAGAGGCUAAUGCAGAGCUCCAAGCCAAUUUAGAUAGGUGGAAAGUUAGGACACAGGCUAACACAAAGAGCAAGAGUGAAAAAUUCCCACCACCACAUCAAGAUGGGUACAUUGACGCUGCCAGCGGCCCCUUAUCAUUUGGUGCGCCGGAUGCUUCUUUUGCGUCAUCAAACUUUGAUGCAAAACCGUUGCAUUCACUUAAACCUACUAAUUCGGCCUUGGCCGGGACUUCAAAGAGAAGGAAAAAGAGGAGAGAAGAGACUUCUCAUAUGGCUCCCACCCGGAAGUUCUUCCAUACAUUUCUCCCAUCUUCUGUAUUGGACAUUAAAGUUAGGGGUAGAACUUCAAUUUCGGAGAUCAUGGGUCACUCAAUGUAGAUAGAUAUGUAUAAAGUGAUUUAUGUGCCGGUGAUGCAUCCGAGUUUGUUGUGUUGGUCUCAAUUGUUCCCUCUUUUUCCCUUUUUUUUUUUUGCUUUUUAUGUAUAUCCAACAAUUUUGUUUACAAUAAUAUGGUUAGAGUAUAAUUUAUCAGAGUAUCACU